AUGUCGAGUGAUCAACAGGCCCACUUCGACGAACCCCCAACCGUCAGGUCGCACCCGACCGACGCAACGGGAGAACAUCCCCUGCAGGAGGGGGUUCGAGACGAGCACCCCGCUGCGAUUUCGGAGCGCUACUGGCGAUUGUUCAACGACCCGGGUCUAUCGCCGCCCAUCGGUAAUCCCGGUGGCCCGUCACCCGUGCCACCCGAAGCCUUCUACGACCUCACACACCAGGUCCGGGCUCUUACGGGAGUGAUGCAGACCAUCAUCCCGCUGGUCUCUCAUCCGACGUCUUCACACUCUACCCUACCUCCACAACGACAACGAUCCGCCGCCCAGACCCACGCACCGCUUCCCGAGUCUCCCGCUUCACCUCCGGGCCAAUCGACCCAACUCGGGAGUCGAGGAGCGGAGGAUCCAGCGACGCACCCGACGCUCGUGGCCCCGCUUUCAGACUCGACGGAGGGCUUGUGGGCCCAGCUGCGCCUCGUAGGCCACCGACUGGAUGAGGUGCAGCGAGAGGUUCGCAGGACCAGGGGAGACCCGGGGGCCGAACAACACCAGGGGUCCCCUUUCACCCCCGAGGUUCAAGAGCAAGCGAUCCCGCCGCAUUUUCGGCUCCCUUCAUUGGACGCCUACGACGGCGCCACCGACCCAGCGGACCACGUAGCUGCUUUCCGCGCCCAGAUGGCGUUGUACGGGACGUCCGACGCCCUGAUGUGCAGGGCAUUCCCGACAACCCUGCGAGGCUCAGCUCGAGCGUGGUACAGCAAUCUGAAGACCGCGACCAUCGCCUCUUUCGACCAGUUGGCCAAAGACUUCGAGCUUAACUUCCUGGCUCACGCCAAACCAAAGCCGUCGGUGGCAAUGCUCCUCGGGCUCAACCAGAGGGAGGACGAGCCCCUUUCCCACUUUGUGAACCGCUUCACCACACAAAUUCGUGGGCUGUCUGAUGCUCACCCUUCUUUGAUGAUGCAGGCAUUCAUGAUGGGCCUGCGACCUACCAGAUUCUUCUGGUCUCUAGUGGAGCGACCCCCCACUUCGGUACCAGAAAUGUUGCAGCGUGCGAAUCAGUUCAUCGCUGCUGAAGCAUGGAUGGUCGGGAGGCGCGACGAGCGCAAGAGGGUUAAGCCAGAGCAGUCCCACCAACAACAGCCCGCUGCCUCCCGGCGUAGGGCUGACGGACUCAACGAUGCGGUACCUAGGUCCCCUCCCCCGGGCCUAAACUCCUCCCGGACCGAAAUAUUUCUUCAGAUCAAGGAGAAAGGCCUUCUCAAAGACCCUUACCCGAUGAGGAGCCCGCGCGAACUCGCGGACCGCUCUAAAUACUGCCGUUUUCACCGACAGCCCGGUCACGACACCGAGUAG